AUAACAGCUGAUUGUCAAUUCGACUUAUUAUUUUUGGUUAGAAUGAAGUGUUUGUGCAAUAGUUCGUGAAUCCCAGUCGAAUAUUGAAAAUAAUGGCGUUUUUGGCUAAAGGAUUGCUUUCCGUGGCUCGGCAGCCUUGCCUCGUUAAUAACUUAACACACACAUUUCGUGCGCUCAGCCUUGCACCGCGCCUGCAGCAACAACAAAAGCCCACUUUAGUAAACGCCGCCGUUGUAGCAAAUAAAAGUGAAAAAGUGUCUUCAGAACUCGAACAAAAAGAAUGUCAAGAUGUUUUCGAUAAAGUUAACCAACAACUUGAUGAACGUAAGGAGGGACGUCUAUUUGCUAUUGUACAUUUGUGUGGCAAACAAUUUAAAAUAACAGCAGGCGAUAUAAUACUUGUGGAGGGCUACUGGCCACCUACAAUUGGCGAUGAAAUACGUUUGGAAAAAGUGUUGCUAGCUGGUGCUAAGGAUUUCACUUUAAUCGGUCGGCCAAUACUGCCGGCAGGUUUGGUGAACGUGAAGGCGACAAUUAUUGAGAAAACCCUAACGCAUACGAAAACACAUUUCAAAAAGAAGCGCAGGAAGCAAUACAUGCGUAUCAACUUCCAACGUUCACCGAACACAAUGAUUCGCAUCAAUUCAAUUGAAGUUGAGCAAAAUGUAGGUGGCCCUGCGCAAGUAAUCAGUGAGCCGCGUAUAUUUUAGUUGCAUUUUUUCAACCGUUGUACAUAAAGUGUAGCAGCCAAUAAAGUAGUUA